UGUAGCUGCACGCGGUCAACCUGGAUUCAACAACAUUUUUUUUUGUUAGUAAUUUUAAUUGAAAAUGGUUGCUCCCAAAGCAGCAAAGGUGGCGAAAACUGCCAAGAAAGCACCUGCGAAGGACAAUAAGGAGUCGGAAAAUAAAAAGGAAAGCUGGCAAAAGGUAAAAAUCAAAGGCCACGUGAUAUCAGAUGACUUUGGAGGAUACGAGGGACUGAUUGGUCUGGAGGUGCUAAAGGAAUACGAUUCGGCUAUGGUCAAGUCCACUAACAAACCCCUAAAACGAGAAAGACGAGAAAGGGAAACCAAGACAAAGGGCAAGAAAGGAAAGCAGCAAGUACGAAAAGAUGAGGAUUCUAGUGAGGAAGAAGAAUCCUCUUCAGAAAGCGAGGAAGAUGAAGUGGAGGUCAGCAGUAAAAAGGCCCGGCUGGCUGAACUUCAUGCUCAGAGAUUACAAAAGCAACGUGAGAAACGCGAGCAACGCAAGGAAGCGAGAAAACAGCAAAAGAAAGGCAAAGGAAAGGAAACCACGCCAAAGGAGUUGAAAACAGAAGCAGAGAAGAAGGAGGAGACAGAUUCUUCUUCCAACGAAGACUAUUCCUCAGAUCGGUUUUCCCUAAUUCGGCCACCAGCUUCGAUUUCCUCAGAUGAGGAGGAAGAGGCACCGCAAUUAGUGUCAGCUAGUACAGAGGGUUUCACUUCUACAGAGGAUUUGUCUUCCUGGCAUGGUCUGGGUGUGCCACAACCCAUUUUACGUGCACUUGCCGAAAAGGGCUUCCGAGAACCUACUCAAAUUCAAGCAAUGACGUUACCCGCUGCCAUUCAUGGCAAGAAGGAUAUCCUGGGAGCCGCCGAAACGGGCAGCGGCAAAACUUUGGCCUUUGGCAUACCCAUGCUCGCUGGAAUUAUGGAUCUGAAGGAACGUAAUGCCAAACAUGGCAUACGCAAGGCACCCAAAGUGAAGGGAGAGGAUAGUCAAAAAUCAGAAGAACCUCCCAGAGAUGAUGAACACGAAUUGACUCCACCACCUGAAGAGCUGGAUCAUGUGUCGGGAGCCAGCGAUGAGGACGACAGCGAUUUGGAGAAUCAUUCGGCAAGCCGGGAACGACCCUUAUAUGCCUUGGUGCUAACUCCUACUCGAGAGUUGGCUGUCCAGGUGAAAAAUCAUCUGGUAGCAGCUGCCAAAUAUACGGGCAUUCGUGUGGCAACAAUUUUUGGAGGCUUGGCCGUGGCCAAGCAAGAGCGUGUACUCCGUCAGGGACCAGAGAUUGUGGUGGCCACCCCAGGACGUCUCUGGGAGCUCUACUGCCAAGGCAACCAUCAUCUGAGUAAGAUAAACGAUGUCAGUUUCCUGGUAAUCGAUGAAACCGAUCGCAUGGUAGAGAAGGGACAUUUCGAGGAGCUGCGUAGUCUCCUCAAAGUACUCAACGGAGAUGAACAAAAGAAACAAUUGCGUCAGAAUUUUGUGUUCUCCGCCACCCUGACCUUGGUGCAUGAUCUGCCCGAUCAUAUGCAGAAGCGAAAUGUGGGUAAAAAACCUAAAUUUGUUAAGCAAACAGUGGACCAGAAGAUCGAGAGUUUGAUUGAAGAAUUGGGUAUAAUGCAGCCAAAGAUUGUGGACAUAACCAGUAGCCAGCAAACUGCACAAAAUUUGACAGAAAGCCGCCUGCUUUGUCCUCUGGAUCAAAAGGAUAAUCAUCUCUAUUAUUUUAUACAGCGGCAUCCGGGACGUACGAUUGUCUUUUGCAAUUCCAUUGAUUGUGUCAAGCGUUUGGCCACUUUAUUUGGUCUCUUGGACUGCAAUCCUUUGCCUCUCCAUGCAAAUAUGAUCCAGAAGCAACGUCUUAAGAAUUUGGAACGUUUCCGUGAUAGUCCCACGGGUCUGCUAAUAGCCACCGAUGUGGCUGCCCGUGGUUUAGAUAUACCCAAUGUAGAGCAUGUUAUACAUUAUCAAGUGCCACGCACCAGUGAGAACUAUGUCCAUCGAUCGGGACGCACUGCUCGAGCUAAUAAACAUGGCAUUACGGUGAUGUUUAUGGAACCCGGCGAGGUCAAGAGUUAUGUGAAACUCUACAAGACCCUGCAGAGGACCGAGGAUCUUCCCUUGUUUCCCAUUUCGGAGCGUUACCUAUCCGCUGUACGGGAACGAGUGAAUCUGGCACGCGAUUUGGACAGAGAGGAGCUUAAGUUAAAGCGCACCCAGAGUGAAUUGGGCUGGAUGAAAAAGCAUGCCGAAGAGAUGGACAUGAUUAUCGAUGGCUACAAUGAUGAAUCAGGAAGCGAUCAGGAUGAGGAUCCUUUUAUUAUUGAGCGACGUCGUAAUCGGCAACAUGUGGAAUCGGUGCGUGCCCAACUUCAUGCCCUCCUGGCUCAACCUAUUUUCCCCAAAGGAUUCAGCUUUAAGUAUCCAACGAAUGGCCAGGUCUCAGAGUUAAGUCAAACGCAAAGUCAAAGCGCCGUGGAGACCAUGAAAGCAGCCAUCGAGGAUCAGAAGCUAGCUAAACAGCAGCGCAAUAAACGCAAAAGAAAUGCCUAAAUAAAACUCUUUCUUUUCCUUUGGAAA